CCCUGCUGGUGUACCAGAACUACUGGGGGCCAUCUGCCCAACUGCCCCAGACUCUGGCAGUGGGGCCCCCGAUGGCAGUGGGCACCUCCCUGUGAAACCUGCCAAGCUGGACGCCACAGCUCUGCACGACGACACUUUGGCCAACUCCGUGCCCCCUUCGGAGGCAUGCAACCAUGCAGUCCUAGCCUGCAGCCCGGGCAUCCCUGAGGAACACUACAUAAGCGAGGCUGUGGAAGAUGCUCCCAGCUACAGAGGGUACCGGGAUGCCUGCACCAUUACUGAUGUGUGCAACAGCACCGAUCUUCCGGAAGUCGAGAUCAUUAGCCUGCUGGAGGAGCAGCUGCCCCAUUAUAAGUUAAGAGCCGACACCAUCUACGGUUAUGACCACGACGACUGGCUCCAUACACCUCUCAUUUCUCCAGAUGCCAACAUUGACCUCACAACCGAGCAAAUUGAAGAGACGCUAAAAUACUUCCUUUUAUGUGCUGAAAGAGUUGGCCAGAUGACUAAGACAUAUAAUGACAUAGAUGCUGUCACUCGGCUUCUUGAGGAGAAAGAGCGGGAUUUAGAAUUGGCCGCUCGCAUCGGCCAGUCGUUGUUGAAGAAAAACAAGACCCUAACCGAGAGGAACGAGCUGUUGGAGGAGCAGGUGGAACACAUCAGGGAGGAGGUGUCUCAGCUCCGGCAUGAGCUGUCCAUGAAGGAUGAGCUGCUUCAGUUCUACACCAGCGCUGCGGAGGAGAGCGAGCCCGAGUCCGUUUGCUCAACCCCGUUGAAGAGGAAUGAGUCGUCCUCCUCAGUCCAGAAUUACUUUCAUUUGGAUUCUCUUCAAAAGAAGCUGAAAGACCUUGAAGAGGAGAAUGUUGUACUUCGAUCCGAGGCCAGCCAGCUGAAGACAGAGACCAUCACCUAUGAGGAGAAGGAGCAGCAGCUGGUCAACGACUGCGUGAAGGAGCUGAGGGAUGCCAAUGUCCAGAUUGCUAGUAUCUCAGAGGAAUUGGCCAAGAAGACGGAAGAUGCUGCCCGCCAGCAAGAGGAGAUCACACACCUACUAUCGCAAAUCGUUGAUUUGCAGAAAAAGGCGAAAGCUUGCGCAGUUGAAAAUGAAGAACUCGUCCAGCAUCUGGGGGCUGCUAAGGAUGCCCAGCGGCAGCUCACGGCCGAGCUGCGUGAGCUGGAGGACAAGUACGCAGAGUGCAUGGAGAUGCUACAUGAGGCGCAAGAGGAGCUGAAGAACCUCCGGAACAAAACCAUGCCCAAUACCACGUCUCGGCGCUACCACUCGCUGGGCCUGUUUCCCAUGGACUCCUUGGCAGCAGAGAUUGAGGGAACAAUGCGCAAGGAGCUGCAGUUGGAAGAGGCCGAGUCUCCAGACAUCACUCACCAGAAGCGUGUCUUUGAGACAGUAAGAAACAUCAACCAGGUCGUCAAGCAGAGAUCUCUGACCCCUUCUCCUAUGAACAUUCCUGGCUCCAACCAGUCCUCGGCCAUGAACUCCCUCCUGUCCAGCUGUGUCAGCACGCCCCGGUCCAGCUUCUACGGCAGCGACAUAGGUAACGUCGUCCUCGACAACAAGACCAACAGCAUCAUUCUGGAAACAGAGGCAGCCGACCUGGGAAAUGAUGAGCGGAGUAAGAAGCUGGGGACGCCGGGCACCCCAGGCUCCCACGACCUGGAGACAGCCCUGAGGCGGCUGUCCCUGCGCCGGGAGAACUACCUCUCGGAGAGGAGGUUCUUUGAGGAGGAGCAAGAGAGGAAGCUCCAGGAGCUGGCAGAGAAGGGCGAGCUGCGCAGCGGCUCCCUCACACCCACUGAGAGCAUCAUGUCCCUGGGCACACACUCCCGCUUCUCCGAGUUCACCGGCUUCUCUGGCAUGUCCUUCAGCAGCCGCUCCUACCUGCCCGAGAAGCUCCAGAUCGUGAAGCCGCUGGAAGGUUCUGCCACCCUUCACCACUGGCAGCAGUUGGCCCAGCCUCACCUUGGGGGCAUCCUGGACCCCCGGCCUGGUGUGGUCACCAAGGGCUUCCGGACACUGGAUGUUGACCUGGACGAAGUGUACUGCCUUAACGACUUUGAAGAAGAUGACACAGGUGACCACAUUUCUCUCCCGCGCCUAGCUACCUCCACGCCAGUUCAGCACCCAGAGACCUCAGCUGGAAUUCGGUGCUCUGCAGACCAGUGCUCAAAAUUGUGGUUAUUUUUGAGGACUCGCCUUCAAUCCAGAACAUUUGCGUUUCACCUUCCUCGCCCAGAUCCAGUUAACAAGGUAGCUCAUCACUUCUUGCAUCUGUUGAGUGACAUGCUGGAUUUUAAUUUUUAUUGUGGUUGUACUUGGAUGCAAGGAAUAUGUUUUGUUCCUCCCAAUUUAGCGCACCAUCCUGGGAAGUGCAUGUCUCAGACCAACUCCACCUUCACCUUCACCACCUGUCGCAUUCUGCAUCCUUCAGAUGAGCUCACUCGGGUCACACCAAGCCUUAACUCAGCCCCAACUCCAGCUUGUGGCAGCUCCAGCCACUUGAAAUCCACGCCGGUGGCCACACCAUGCACUCCACGGAGACUGAGCCUGGCUGAGUCCUUCACUAACACCCGUGAGUCCACGACCACCAUGAGCACAUCCCUAGGGCUUGUGUGGCUGUUGAAGGAGCGGGGCAUUUCUGCGGCUGUAUACAACCCCCAGAGCUGGGACAGGGCGGGCCGGGGCUCUCUCCUGCACUCCUACACACCCAAGAUGGCUGUGAUCCCCUCUACUCCGCCGAACUCGCCUAUGCAGACACCCACAUCCUCCCCACCCUCCUUUGAGUUCAAGUGCACGAGCCCUCCCUACGACAACUUCCUGGCCUCCAAGCCAGCCAGCUCCAUCCUGAGGGAAGUGAGAGAAAAGAACGUCCGCAGCAGUGAGAGCCAGACCGACGUGUCCGUCUCCAACCUCAACCUCGUGGACAAAGUCAGGAGGUUUGGGGUGGCCAAAGUGGUGAACUCAGGGCGAGCCCAUGUCCCCACUUUGACUGAGGAGCAAGGACCUCUCCUCUGUGGGCCCCCGGGGCCAGCACCAGCCCUUGUCCCCAGAGGCCUGGUACCUGAGGGCCUGCCCCUCGGAUGCCCCACUGUCACCAGUGCCAUCGGUGGGCUGCAGCUGAAUAGUGGCAUCCGGCGGAAUCGCAGCUUCCCCACCAUGGUGGGAUCUAGCAUGCAGAUGAAAGCCCCCGUGACUCUCACCUCGGGCAUCUUGAUGGGUGCUAAGCUCUCCAAACAAACUAGCUUACGGUGAGGACUGGAGGGGGGCCGGUUGCCCUGGAGGAGACCCACGUUCUCCUCUCUUGCUCCCACUUCCCUCUCUUCCCCCUACAAUGCACUUCCUCCUUCUGCCCUUCUCUGUCCACCCCCUCCUGAGCUAGACAAAUCAACCUCGUGCCUAAUGGAGGAAGAGUGGAACCUUUGUAAAAUGUGUACAUAGGACUUGGAGACUUCGUGUCCGCCCUGCUCUUUCUUCCGGUCCCACAGGAAGUGCCCCUGCACUGUCAUCACUCUCACGAGGACGUCACCUGUGCUAACCUGGGGGAAGGUGGGGUCCUUUCUUCUUUCCUUUUGAGAAGCACUGAAACUCCCAAGUGUGUUCUUAUCCCAUGGAUAGGAAACCAGUGAAUUCCGUGGCUGGCACACCACGAGCUGUCAACGCGGCACGGGUCAUAACAUAUCUGGGUGUCAUCAGACACCUCGCCUCACCCACCCUGUAGGAGCGUAAGGAGCCUCCAUCCUCAGCCACAUGCCGCUGACGUGGCUUUCCUGAUCGGAGGGCUUUUCUUUCUUUUAUGGGUGGCCCAGCUUCUUCAAGACCUUCACUACUCUGCCUCAGUGGACAGUCGUUUCCUUUUUGAGGUGUGACCUUUUGUUUUCAUGCCUUCCCCUUGAAGUCAUCCUGUGUUUUGUAAUCAGCUGUCAGGCCAAAUGUCUGACCCGAAAGAGAAUGUAUUUACACUCGUGCUGCAUUCAGCAGCCCCUCUGUGUUCUGUGUGAUUUGUUUUACUUUUCCUUUUUUUAAAAUAUAUAUGCAGGGAAGUAAUGGUACUGGUAGUGUAUGUUUUCUAUGUGGUUCGAAUAUGAAUUUCAAACACACCAAGCCGCUAAUGAGAUAGCAGCUUUUUUCUGGGGCCCAGAGUCACAACCAAAUUGAUUUAAGACCAGACCCAAGACACCUUUAACAAUAAGGCUGAAAGGAAAAAGGAUAGGGGAAAAGCUUGUUUAAAGAAAUGUGUCAACACCAAACGUAGAGGGGAAGAACUACAACCAGGCAUAAUACCAACUGGUUCCAGCGGGAAACAAGGCUUUGACAUUCCACUGGCUCUAGCGCUUCCUCCAAAACCCAAGACUGGCCAGGGUGCUGUCACCGUGCAGUCUUUGAUUGCAGCCAUUCAGUGCCCACAUGUUUUGCCUUCUUGUUUCAGAAGAGCACGUGGUCACAACAAGGUAUUUUCUUUCCCUCCAAAGCCUUUUGUCUCCUUGUGCCACUUUUUAUCCUUAGGAAAAGAUCCAGGUGCUUGUGAAAAGAACCAUGAAUGCAACAAGGGAGGCUGGUCCUGUUGCUGUCGCCGAGUAAAUUUUUAACUUUUAUUUAUUAUUUAUGUCUGCCGUAUUUUAAAUAAACAUUCUCGUUCCUUCCAGUUCCAGUCAUAGUGUGUCUGUGGCAUUCCAGUCCAACCACGUCACUUAUUUAUUCUAAUUUGAGGGCUGCGCUGUACAUCAUGGUGUCCCGUGACACUGUGUUCCAGACAUUUAUGGAAGGAAAACAUCCCAUAUAAAUGAAAUUGUCAUUCUGUGUCCUCCCUCGCAGCAGAAGAUGUGUCCUUCCAUUGAGUGAGGGUGACCCUAUGUCCAGCAGGGAUACUUUGAGAAAGCCCCUAAGGAGCAAGCCUCAGUCCCACAGUUUCAGACUAUUUAUUCUCUGAACACAAGAGUAUUGGUUAAUUAUGUUCUCAGCUCUCCUUGCUGUUAUAUGUGUGCACUCACUGCAAGUAACUUAUAUCUUUUUAUUUGAAUGUAUUUUAAAGCAGUAGACAGAAUAACAAAGGAAUAUGAAAACCAUGGACUGAAUGGACCAUUUUAUGUAUUCAGAGAGAAGAGCCACUCAUCAUUGCCAGAUAUACCAUGUAAAAAUUGGCAGUUCAGAGGUUGCAAUAUUUAGUAUAGUAAAUAAAUAAACGAUCAACAUUGCGCAACCACUACCAAAAAGUGCGUUGUAAUGCAUCAAAAAUCAACAAAAUUUUAUUCACUAACGAGUAUCAAUAAAAUAAGUUCAAAUGAUGGAAACCA